GGCAUUAUUGGCAGCAGUGUUGACUGUUGCAAAUGGUGGAUUGCGUUACUUUUUCUCGUGCUCCGUGUAAAAUAUUUACGUAAAAUAGUGCAAAUCUUGUGGCGCAGUGUUUCUGACUCACAGAAACAUGUCGGAAACACUGCCGAAUAACAAAAAACAAGUUCCAAGACAACUGCGCGAACGCAAACAACGCAAGCUCUACUCCGAUGAGUGGGCCCUCGGUGACGAUGAGGCGGAGGGCGGGCGGGGCUUCUCUCUCGCCGACAAGCUGGAGAGCUCCCGCUUCGAACACACCGGCUCAGUCCACGAGAUGCAUGGAACUGACCUAACUAUCGCCUACCUGCAGAAGAAUGGCUUCACAACACCGCUGCUGUUCAAAGAGAAAACUGGAUUGGGCUUACGUGUGCCGACCAGCAACUUCACCGUCAACGACGUGCGAAUGUGCGUGGGCUCGCGGCGACUGCUUGACGUCAUGGAUGUCAAUACGCAGAAGAACAUCGAGAUGACUAUGAAGGACUGGCAGCGCUAUUACGACGACCCAAACAAAGAGAGACUGUUGAACGUGAUCUCGUUAGAGUUCUCCCACACUCGGCUGGAGAACUACGUGCAGGCGCCGCGCAUCGUGCGGCUCAUCGACUGGGUGGACUCAGUGUGGCCGCGACACUUGAAGGAUCAACAGACUGAGUCUACAAACGCUCUGGACGACAUGAUGUAUCCGAAGGUGCAGAAGUACUGCCUCAUGUCGGUCAAGGGUUGCUACACAGACUUUCACAUUGAUUUCGGCGGCACUUCAGUUUGGUAUCACAUUUUGAGAGGAGCAAAAGUCUUCUGGCUCAUACCGCCAACAGAAAAAAAUCUAAUGCUCUACGAAAAAUGGGUGCUUUCCGGAAAACAAUCUGAUGUGUUCUUCGGUGAUACCGUCGAAACCUGUAUAAGGGUUCAUUUACAAGCCGGACAUACGUUCUUCAUUCCCACGGGAUGGAUUCACGCUGUUUACACUCCGAGCGACUCUCUAGUGUUUGGCGGCAAUUUCCUGCAUCAGUUUGGAAUUGAAAAACAAUUGAAAAUUGCACAAGUUGAAGAUGUUACUAAGGUGCCUCAAAAGUUCCGCUAUCCGUUCUUUACGGAGAUGCUGUGGUAUGUCCUGGACCGAUACGUGAGCGCGCUGCUGGGGCGGUCGCACCUGGCGGCCGAGGGCCAGCCGCCUCCUCCGCCCGCGCCGAAGGACCACGUGCACCUCACGCAGAACGAACUGCAUGGACUAAAGGCAAUAGUGGUCUACCUACACCAGCUGCCGGCCGCGCGCAAGUCAGUGCCAGAACUGCUGACGGAUCCGAUAGCGUUAGUGCGCGACGUGCGCACCUUGGUGGAGCAGCACCGACACGACAAACAGAACCAGGCGGUCACUGGGAUACCGGUAUUGAAAGGGCCGGACGAGGUGGUGUCGGGCGAGCGGCGCCAGUCGAGCGGGCGCGGCGGGCGCGGGGGGCACCGCGGCCCGCCGUCGCGUCCGCGCCCCGACCACGCCAACAAUGCGCCGAGGCGACGCCGCACCAGAUGCAAGAAGUGCGAGGCGUGCCAGCGCACGGACUGCGGCGACUGCGUGUUCUGUCACGACAUGGUCAAGUUCGGGGGACUGGGCCGCGCCAAGCAGACCUGCAUCAUGCGCCAGUGCUUGCAGCCCAUGCUGCCGGUCACAGCGUCGUGCGCUGUGUGUCACCUGGACGGCUGGAUGCAGACGCCCGUCGCGCCGCAGGCUAAGGGUAACUCGGGUCGAAACGGCCCAUCGUCACUCCGCGAGUGUUCAGUGUGCUACAGCAUCGUGCACCCGGCGUGCGUGCCGCCCGGCGGACAGAUCAACGAGGACCUGCCCAACUCGUGGGAGUGCCCCACUUGCACCACCAUGGGGCUCAACCAUGACUACAAGCCGCGUCAUUUCCGAGCCCGCCAGAAGUCAUCCGACCUGCGUCGCAUGAGCGUCGGCUCAGACGCCAGCCAGCUCAGCCAACACCACAACACCACACAGAACAAAUUGCCAGCACCACCACCUUCAACUACAAUAAAGACAGAAGUUGGAUCAGACACUGAAAGCAAAGCCGACUCUGCACAACUUAAAACUGAAGAGGAAAUCAAACGUGAAGAGGAGAGCACAGGGGCAGCGGGCGGGGAGGACAAGGGAGACUGGGAGCCUGCCAACAAGAAGCGACGCGCCAGUGACGAGGACGAGGCGCCGAAGAAACAGGCCCUUCGAGCGCACCUCGCUCUGCAGCUUACACAUCACACUGCUAAGAAUAGACCAAAGAGGACUUCAUUGCAGGUGCUCAAGAAGCCGCUGUACCCCGUGCGGCCGGCGCCGCUGUCGCUGACCUCGAGUGGAGGCUCGCCGUGGCUGGACCGCGACGCGAUGUUGUGCGUGUUCGCCAAGCUCACGCCGCACGAGCUGGCGACGUGCGCGCUCGUGUGCAAGGCCUGGGCUGAGUACUCGAUGGACCCGUCGAUAUGGCGCAGCAUGUCGUUCGUGCAAGUGCGCGUGUCCGCCGCGCAGCUGGCCGGCAUCGCGCGCCGGCAGCCGCUCAGUCUGGGCCUCGAGUGGUGCCACUUGGCGAGGCGGCAGCUUGCGUGGUUACUAGCACGUCUGCCAGCGCUCCGAUCUCUAUCCCUGGCAGGAUCACCUGCUGAGUCGGCUCUGGCAUUGAGAUCCAGCUCAUGCCCUCCACUCACAGCCUUGGAUCUCUCCUUCGCGAGGUGUCUCGAUGAUGCCAAACUCCGUGGUAUCCUGGCACCGCCGGAGAACUCGAGGCCUGGUGGAGGAGCCAGGUCAGGGAUGGAACCGUCGCGGCUUGCGGCCUUGGCUGUUCUACGGCUGCCGGGAACUGACAUUACCGAUGUCGCUAUGUUGUAUAUUGUACAGGCUCUACCAAAGUUAUGUGAACUGGACGCGUCCUCGUGCGCGCGGCUGACGGACGCGGGCGCGGCGCAGCUGGCUCACCACGGCUUGCAGAGGCUGUCGCUGGCCGGCUGCAGGCUGCUCACUGAGGCGGCGCUGGACCAUCUGGCCAGGUGUCCCAAUCUCGUCAGAUUAGAUCUCAGGCACGUGCCUCUCGUAUCGACGCAGGCGGUGAUCAAAUUCGCAGCCAAGUCCAAACAUAACCUGCAUGUCAAGGAUGUCAAGUUGGUGGAGCUGAGGAACACCUGAUCCGAGCCUCAGCCCGAAGAGGCACCCGAGGAGACCCAAGAAGUCCAAGAGAUGCAGGAUACACAGGAGGAGAAGUGAACAGUGAUAUAGGAUAGUGUCUGUUGCAAAGAGAAGUGAUCCUUAUGUGUAUGUUACUGAGAAGACAGUUUUGUGUGAACGAACUUAGUGUUGUUUGUUGUUGUAUUGGACAAUGAACCUAAGCUUUUAAUAUGAGGGCCCUUAUUUUUCUAUCAGCCAGAUUCUUAAAUUGGUGACUUUCUUAGCAAUCAUUUUGUUGUAAGUCAAAUAUGCAAUAUUAGACAAACAACACAUUUGUUAAGAUUUUGCUAAGAAUGUGGUCAGUGUGUAAUAUAUAGAAAGAUUACAGAAUCCAGCUGUAGGACAUUGUAUAUAACACAUUUUUUUCUUGACACCUUAACAUUUACAUAUACAUACAUUCUUUUUGUACAGAACAGACUAUUUGCCGCCGCUCGCGACUUAGUCCGCAUGGCAGGCAAAGCACCAUUUUUAUACACAAGUACACGUGUAAAAAGUACACAGUGGUGCACUAUUUACAUGUGUCCCACCAAAGGUGUCAUUUAAAAAUUAUUAAGAUAUUUCUAAUAAUUCUCUGCCUACUUUGUGACAACUAAAUUGACAGUGAUUUUAUAAAUUAACUGUUAAUUUAGAUAUCACAAAGUCAAAAAUGGAUAUUUGAAAGUAAUGUUGAAUGAGGGCUCUCGUUAGUACUAAGUUAAAUGUUUAUAACUCUUCCACAUUAUUGUAUUAUUACAGGCAAGCUAUUGAGUAUGCAAAAUGAAUAAUGGUUUAAGAUAAUUUAUUAUUUGUGAAUAUGUAAGCCUCGUGUUUACUAGUCAAAGAAUUUGUUAACUUUACACCCAUUGAACACAAGUUCGGGAAUUCCUUAACCCUACACCCAUUGGACACAAGUCCGGGAAUUCCUUAACCCUACACCCAUUCGACGCAAGUUCGGGGCUUUGCUCGGAGUUUUUAACCGACUUCAAAAAAAAGGAGAAGGUGCCAAAUAAAAUAAACUUUAAGAGCCUAUUUGGCAUAUCACCGCCUUCAAAUUGAUCAAUAGAAAGGGGAUAGGUAAGAUGUUAUUUUUCGCUUUUUACAGUAAUGCAUCUUUGUGUCAUUUGCAUACUCAAGGCUUCUUGUUGUGCAAUAUUUUUAUUACAUUGACCAUAUUUGCCAAAAAUAAAUAUUAUUUUACUAUACUUACCAAAUAUGUAUUGUGAUCACACAUUUCGCACAACAUAUCAAAAUCGCAACUCCCAAACUAUCAAAAUAGUGUGAAAUGCAAUCUAGUGUACUAAAAACAAAGACUUAUUCCUAGUAAGUGAUAUGUUUGUAACUAUAAUAUUUAUUUAGAUAUCCACGAGCCCAUCAGGGCUUUUGACUCACGACCAAUUUUUAUUAAGCACAGAGCUGGAUUUUAAGUUCAUCGCUCAUUAGAGCCAUUCUGCACUGGCUCUCCUUGAGUAAAUAAACUGAAGUAAAAAGUUUGCAGAACUUACGCAGUUGCAAAAAUCUACUAUUAAUUUUCUUUUUUUUUAAAGAUGUAAUUCUCUGUCAAAGUGCUUGGUAAAAAAUGGUUGUAUACAUUAGCCCUUAUGUUGUCUUGUAAAUAGUACCCCUAAUAUGUAACAUAGUAUUUUAACUGUACUUAUUGCUUAUCUUCAAUUGAUAUUUUUGUUUUGACCAUUAGUGUUUGUAACAAAGAUAGCGGCCCAGUUACUGGUCAUAGCUCAUUAUAGCCACCCGGCCCGGACCGGCACUGCCUCGUCUGGUGUUGUUAGUAUUCAUUUUAUGGUUGACAUAGUGUGAGUAUAUUAUCACUCAAUCACAAACUGACAAAUUGGUAAGGCGGUGCAAGUCGGCUACCCGGAAUUUUAUUAUACCAUCAACUGAAUGAAUCAUGUUAAUUUUAGUUAUCUGAAACCGUAUGAGUCGUAAAAACAUUUUGUAUUUGAUUUAUUGACUUAAAGUUUUGCACAUACUAUACCUACAUAAAGCUAAAGAUCAUUGCUUAUUAGAGCUACGUGACACCAGAUCAGCGCCGCCUCACCUCAUACGGUUAUAGCUUGACAAAUUCGUUCGUAACACUCCCGAUAGUACGCGGAGGCCGGGAGGCGGAUAGCGAUGCCCCGCGCACACGACUUCACACCCGCGCAGUCCUUUCCCUCCCGUCGCCAGCAUAUCAUGCGAGUGUCAUCAAUGAACUUGCCAAGCUAUAGUAUUCAUCUGGACUUCUAUCGACAUAAUUAAUGUGCGAGAGAUAUGACCCAGUAACGCUACGGAAUUGAUAUUGCAAACCCGUUGCGUUACCGAAUCUCAUCGCUCGCUACCAAAGAGAUUGGUACUAGGUGGCUCUAAUGAGCUAUGAUCUUUGGCUAUAUAAUAUACUUAUAGUAUGCGCCAAGUUGCUAGCCCUCUCUGAACAGGACGUAUGGCUGUGGAGUGUAUGAAAACAUAUCCCAGCCGGGUUAUAUUAAUAGCUGCGCAAUUUAUGCAAUGUCAGAGCGGACAAUAAGUUUGGCGUAGACUAUGUUAAAACAUGAUGCUAUGACUUGUGACACAUUAAAAUAAGUACCAUGUAACGGAUGUUCUAUUUUUCGUGUGUAGUCUUUAAUAUUAAUUUUAAUUUUUCGUUUUUUUUUUCGUGUAGGUAAUGUCUUCACACUAGUGCCAAUUCUUGACUUCCUCGUAUGAAGCACACAUUUUAAAUAUAUAUCUUAUUGAAAGUUAAAAGUUAUAAUUUUAUCGCAUGCUGUUGCAUUGCUAUAUAUAUUUUAUUGUUAUUUUUUUUUAAUUUACUAUUUGAAGCAUUGUUUUAUGUUAAUCGAAAAUUUCCUAAUGAACAUUUUUACUGAUGUAUUCAAUUAUUAUUUUACGUCUUAAUUCUAGUAUUUUAUUAUGUAAAUUAAUCUACUCUUACAUAUUAUACAAUGUAAAUUGUAUUGAAAAAGAAAAGUUUUCACCAUCCGGUCUCCGCCCGUAUGUAUGUCGUUUCCUGUAUGUAUGUAAUGGCAUGCAAACUUUAUGACCAUUCGGGACAUUGUGCGCUAAGAUUUUAGGUAUCAGCGGUUACGUAAGUGCGCGGCGGCAGGGCAUCAGGCUCCUAAAGGCAGUCGCCUCACGCGUUGUGAUUAUGUAUGAGCUGCGCGUAUUGUCACCCGCAGCUGAUUUCUGAAACGUCAUAAAGAUUGCAUCCGACCAUAGUAAUCCAUCAAGUUGAAGAAAUUUUCAUUUAUCGUUGUUGGGCCCAGGAACAAAAUAUUUAUUCAUGACCGUACUACUCAAACAUGACAUGAGCUAACUAUGAACGAGGUGAAUUAUGGUGGUGGGGCGUUUUUCUACAAGGUUUGUUGGUUUGUUUAUAAAACAAAAAUGAAGAAAUAUUUUGGUAUGAUCAUAAAGAAAUAUUUUUUUUGGGUCCAAGGACUAUUACUUAUUUAAAAUAUGUUUUAAAUUGGAUCUGUUUAGUGAAAAUGCUGAUUUUAAUGAUCAAUUCACAUUGAUGCAGAGACUUAACGAUUUUAAUUUCUACGCCCUUGUCAACUGUGUCGAACGUUACGUGUAUGUGAGGCCUUAAAUGAAAAUGCGCAAAACCAUCGAUCUCCUACUAAAAAGUGGAUGCACAAUGGGCGACUCAAUGAGUGCCAAACACAACUUCUUGGCACUCAAUUCAAGUAGUCGCAUUUCCAAAUUCAACCUUGCUUAAGGUUGAAUUUGCUCUGAAUAUAAAGGACAUAUAAUUAUAUAAUUUUCUCAGGUACAAUUUUCUUUACCAAUAAUUUUAAAACUGUCGUGAAAUUUUCUACAUGAUUGUGCGUCCUUUUAUUAUAAGAGGUCAACGGUCAAAACUUACGAUUUAAACCCAUUUUAUCGGUCUCUAUAGAUACAGCUAAUCAUCAACCAAAUACAGUAAUCAGUUUUUUAGAAACUUCUUGUUUCCAAAUGAAGCUUUCCGUGUAGACGAAAUAACAUUUCUUCGCGAAUUUAUUAAAUUAAAUAAUGCUUUCAUUUUUUUCUUGCUUUAAUUUAAUUUAAGGUCCAAAUAUAAUUGGAACGUACGUGACCUCGCAGAAAAAGUCGAAACAUCGCCAUUAAAAAUCUAAAUUUUAUGUAUGAUUUUUUUUAAUUUUUGCUUGCAAACAAAUCACAACGCACUUACGUUCUAAUUGGUCAAAAACCUUGAAGGUUUGAUACAAUUGACGCAUCUUCAGUUUAAAUUUUACUGUAGGUGAUUUGCUUCGACUCCACUGUAUCAGUGUAGAUUGAUCGAUACGAUUACUGUUUAUAAAUAUGUAUAUAUAUAUAUAUAAAUAGGUACAACAUUUUAUAAUACACACACACAGCUAUCUUAGUUUCAUGACAAUAUUCAAAUCGCUUGUAUUCUUUGUUUAGUUCUAGUCGCUUCUUAGGUUAAGCCAAUCGUUAAAUAUUAAAUAGCUAUAAUAUUAACAUGUGAAUUUAUUUCAAUAUCUUUCGAGGCUACGUCAUACAAUUUUCACUGAAAUCGUCAAUCUCUCAGAAACACCAACAAAACAUUUAAAAUAAGAAAUCAAAUUGAACGACAUUUUUGUAUACUGAAUAUAUUAAAUCAAUUUAUUGAGUAUUUAUAUUUUAGUCGUCGUCAUCAACCCAUAUUCGGCUCACUGCUGAGCUCGAGUCUCCUCUAAGAAUGAGAGGGUAUAUUUUAGUACAUUAAUAGUAUUACUGCUCUAAUUGGUUGUACACAAAUUAUGAACUAAAUUGUCAGGUGUAAAAUAAUGGCACUAACUAAUUACGCCUAAUGUCAGCCACUGACGAUCAAGUAAUCUCACAAGCUUGCAGCGUCAAUGUGUAAGACAUCAUGUCGAUCGCGACCAACACACGAUCAGUUUCAUCAGCCGUGAAGCUGUUAGCGCUGCAGGCAUACGAGUUUACUUGAUCAUCAGUGGCUGACUUGACAGUUCAAUUUAGUAUUUGUGGAGCAACUAAAAAAUUAGCAUGUUUUUUUGAAUUGUUUCCUUAAUUGUUUAAGUGACAAGUGGGAGAAGUGUAUAUUAUGUCAGCAAAUCGUAAACUGUAAGUAAACCGACGCUGGUCACAGUAUGCGAGGUCGAAGGGCCGCCUAUAGUGUUAGAUUAUUAAAGUAGGUAUUAUUGACAUCAUUGACUAAAUAGUAUUACACAAAGAUGUAUACUUGACAAAAUUCAUUAAAUCCAUUCAUAGAAAUAUUAAACUAAUUAUAAAAUAAAAUCAUUUGUAACAAAAAAAUAAUAAAUGUAAAAAGUUAGUUUUAAAAUGAUGCAAAAAAAACUUUAAGUAUGUUUUUGUGAGACUGUACAAUUGUACAUAUAAUAUUUAAAAUGUUACUCGAAACAACAAAGUAACAAUUUAAAUUAAACUCAGAUUGUUGCGCGAAGUCGCAUUAAUUACUAUGCGCACAAAAUGAGUUUUUCCGGACGUCAAGCCGGCAGCGCUGCAGGCAUGUGGUUAUAUCGGACCGUGGGUAGCCACCAUAAUGUGUGAUUUUAAAAUUUUGAAUGAACAUCGUCAACGCGCGAUCCUCUGGCACCUAGCCGGUAUGUAGCUAAUAAGCAUUGUGUGCCUCUGUGUAUAGAAAUUUAAAACGUUAAAUAAAUAUAUUAAAUAAAAUAAAAUACUUAUUGUUAGUGUCAUCAAAAUUUAUCAUAAAGAGUUUUGUGAGUAACGAUUCUAAUAAACAAAAUUUUACUUAUCGAAAUGUAAUAUAGAUUAUAUUCUAGUUUUAUAAGGAUUGCCUUAUGAGCUUGUCAAACUAACAGCGAAUCGAAUGAUUAUCCCGAGAAUUAGAAUAUUAACGCCUUGAUCCUUUUUUAGCCGUAGAAUGAUGAUUUCAUUCUACAGGUAUUUAUCGUAUCUUUAACUAUUCAAAAACUUGAUAGUAAGUAAAUACAUGACUAGCUAAGACACGUCAUCACAAAUCCAAUAUGGCGGCCUCCCGAAGUUGGCGGACUGGUUGUUCGACAUCCACCCCUAUGAUAUAGAUAUACAAUGAAAGGGUAUUCUGUCAGGAAUACGAAAAAAAACAGUCACGUGACUUAAAUCCAAUAUGACGGAUGACCAAUUUUUAGUUCUUGGCUAAAAGCGUGUUUUUUUAGUAGUAACUAUUAUUUUUCUUCUUCGAUUACUAGCAUAUUAUAGAUUAUACUUUUGAAAAAUAAAAUAAAAAAAAUACAUCAGUGAAAGUACGCCUAAAUGUUUGAAUUGAUUCGUUAAUAAAGAGUUUACCCUUACUGGAUAUAUUGUCCUUGGAGAAAUCUUCAGUUCUUAUAUUAUGACGUGAGUAGGAUAUCUUUAUGUAUAUACACUUGACUCCUAAAUGGACGACCGGUCGCCCAUCGUAUGCGUUACGUGACAUGUAAAAAAAUUAAAGUAAACUAAGGGCAAUAGGCGAGCACAGUAUCAUGCUCCGCGCGAUAGAGGAAUAUAAAGAUUUUUUAAAUAGCUCACAACGGUAGAUUAAAACCGCAUUUCCUGACUGUCGGCUUCCUCAACGCAGACGGGCUUUUCGAUAAAAUACUCGCGGCGGGCAGCGAAUGGAUAUAGACAUUUUUGUUAUUUCAUUCGGUUCGCUGUUUAUUGGGUUGGGCAGUAACGAUAGGUGUAUAAGAUGUGAGAGUUUUGUAUUUGGGCCGAGCUCGCAUGCUGGCUACACUGGUAGGGAUGGUGAUAUUACAGCUAAGUGAAGCUCUACGAUGUUAUGUGAAAUUGAUGGUUUUAUGAGUUGUAACAUUGUAUCAUUGGUUACCAUAAGCACUUAUUGUAUUUGAAAUAAAUAUUUACAUUGAAAA